AUGCGUUACUCCAUCGCUGCUUUAUCUCUGGUUUCUCCAGCCCUUGCGUUGCCAACCCUAUCUCUGCUGGGCGGAGGUUUGUUUGGCGGGCAUCAUCUGCUUGGAGGUCUUCUGCCUCAUGGCCACGGUGGUGGCUCGUCUUAUGCCAACACACCAUCACACAACAAUGGUCCCGACUCUUACGGUGCUGGGUCGACUCCCGCCGGCGAGUCAUCAAGCUAUGGCAGUGGUUCUGUUUCUAACGGUCAAGACUCUUCGUACCAUGGUGCAACUUCUGGAGAGAGUGCCGUCUCUUCGUCCGUGGUCGAUGCAGCUUCUGCCAGCCAGGAAACUGCCACCCAGGAAACUGCCACCCACUCUGGUUCUGGCUCUGUUCCCUACGCAAACGGGCCCGCUUCUCACAGCGUGUUUUCCUCAUCCACCAGCUUGACUUCAAGUAGCACCCUAACACCUAUCGUUCCUGCUGCCACUACUUCCUCAAAUAACGGCCAGUCCUCCGAGAGCGGGCAAACAUGCGAGAGUCCUAGCAUUAUCGGCUGUGAGACUGCUUCUGAUUCGCCGGCUACCGAAGUCUCACCAGACAGUGUUGGAAUCUACGACGUUGUCAUCGUUGGUGGGGGAACUGCUGGUCUAGUGAUUGCGAAUCGACUGUCAGAAAAUUCGUACACUACAGUCGCAGUCAUCGAGGCUGGCGAUCUGGUCUUUGACAACAAGAAUGUGUCCACUGUGGAUGGAUAUGGCUUGUCUUUUGGUACCGAGAUUGACUGGCAGUACGAAAGCACUCCGCAGGCAUAUGCUGGAAACAAAACACAAACAUUGCGAGCUGGCAAAGCACUUGGUGGAACAAGCACAAUCAAUGGUAUGGCGUAUCUGAGAGCUCAAGAAGCUCAGAUUAAUUCUUGGGAGCAUCUCGGAAAUGAGGGCUGGAAUUGGAAAAGCCUUUUGCCUUACUACAAGCGCAGUGAGCAUUUCCAGAUCCCGACCGAGGAUCAGUGCAUAGCUGGAGCUUCGUACGACAUCUCAGUCCACGGUACGAGUGGACCUCUCAAGACCGGAUGGAACACUGGACUUUUGGGCAAGAGCGUUACUACGCUUGUCAAUGCUACAUAUGCUUCUCUCGGAUUGCCUUACAUCGAGGAGCCUAACGGAGGUGUUAUGCGUGGCUUCACCCGAUACCCAGCAACCGUCGAUCGCGAGCUGAACGUUCGUGAAGAUGCUGGUCGUGCUUAUUAUCUGCCCAUUCAGAACAGAACUAAUCUGGACCUUUACACCAACUCAUUUGUGCAGCGUAUCACUUGGGACGAAACUUCGACAAACUCGACCCCCAGGGCCAAUGGAGUACAAUUUACUGAUGCUUCUGGAAAGCAGAAAACGAUUAGUGCUAAGAAGGAGGUGAUUCUAUCUGCUGGUUCAUUGAGAUCGCCUCUCAUCUUGGAGCUAUCAGGAAUCGGCAAUCCUGCUAUUCUGGAGCAACAUGGCAUCGAUGUGAAAGUGGAUCUUCCAUUCGUGGGAGAGAAUCUCCAGGACCAAACCACUGGCGCCGGCGCUUACAGCUCUAACACCAACUUCUCAGGCGCCGCAAACUACGUGGGCUAUUUCAACGUUGCCGAUAUCUUUGGUAAUGGCACGUACGACCUGAACUGUACUGUCAGAGACUCACUCCUUCAGUAUGCUACAUCUGUAGUUGAAGCUUCAGGUGGUAUCAUCGACCAAAAGGUGAUGGAGAAGUUGUUCAUGAUUCACUACGACCUCAUAUUCAAGGAUCAAAUCCCCAUCUCGGAAAUCCUUAUCAGCCCUGGAGAGGAUCAAAUGGCCUUUUCCUAUUGGGGUCUCUUGCCAUUCUCCAGAGGUAGCGUUCACAUCCAAUCCAACGACUCAACCACUCCUGCUGCCAUCAACCCAAAUUACUUCCAGCUUGAUUACGACCUGAAACAGCAGAUCGGUACCGCCAAGGCUGUAAGGAAGUUGGCCAGCUCCGAAGCCUUGUGCGAUAUUGUUACUGGAGAACUCAGUCCGGGCCUCCAGAGCGUGCCUCUCAAUGCCUCGGAUGAAGUUUGGGCCAAGGCUGUCAAAGAAGGAUAUCGUUCAAACUACCACUACAUUGCUACAGCUGCCAUGAUGGCUCAAGACUUGGGCGGCGUGGUCAAUACUGAUCUAUUGGUCUAUGGAGUUGACAACGUCCGCGUGGUUGACGCUUCCGUCAUUCCUUUCCAAGUCUGUGGUCACCUCACUGCCACUAUCUAUGCGAUUGCGGAGAAGGCCGCCGAUGCCAUCAAAAGCCGCUACUACUAA